UGCUGGUGACGUUCACGGCCGAACGGGCCGGGCGGGCUACACAGAACCUAGUGCUUCCGCGCACUCCGGGGUCGGUGGGGCUCCGUGGCGGUGGCUGCGCUUUGCGGAGUUUCGCUCCCUCCGUCACCUCGCCCGUUCUGUCUCACGGAGUCCGGCUUGGCCUGCGUUCCUGUCGGAGUCCAAGGAAAGGUGAAGAACGGAUGUCAUCAUGUCUGGAAUCAAGCGGACGCUCAAAGAAACUGACCCUGACUAUGAAGAUGUAUCUGUGGCCCUUCCAAAUAAGCGGCACAAAGCAAUUGAGAGUUCAGCUCGAGAUGCUGCUGUACAGAAGAUUGAGACUAUCAUCAAGGAACAGUUUGCACUUGAAAUGAAGAAUAAGGAACAUGAAAUUGCAGUCAUUGACCAGCGACUGAUUGAGGCAAGAAGGAUGAUGGAUAAACUUCGUGCCUGUAUUGUAGCGAACUACUAUGCUUCUGCAGGACUUCUAAAAGUUUCUGAGGGAUCAAAAACAUGUGAUACAAUGGUUUUUAAUCAUCCUGCUAUCAAGAAAUUCUUGGAAUCACCAUCCAGGUCGUCAUCUCCUGCCAAUCAGAGAUCAGAAACACCAUCAGCCAAUCAUUCUGAAAGUGAUUCUUUAUCUCAGCACAAUGACUUCUUAUCCGACAAAGACAAUAACAGCAAUAUGGAUAUAGAGGAAAGACUCUCAAACAACAUGGAACAGAAGCCAAGUCGAAAUACUGGAAGGGACCCUUCUAGUGUUUCUGGCUCCCAUAAAACAGAGCAGCGGAAUGCUGAUCUCACAGGAGAUGAGACUUCACGACUUUUUGUAAAGAAAACAAUAGUAGUGGGCAAUGUGUCCAAGUAUAUACCGCCCGAUAAAAGAGAAGAAAACGACCAGUCAACACACAAAUGGAUGGUGUAUGUCCGAGGAUCUCGUAGGGAACCCAGCAUUAAUCAUUUCGUCAAGAAAGUUUGGUUCUUCCUUCAUCCCAGCUAUAAACCGAAUGACCUUGUGGAAGUUAGAGAGCCUCCUUUUCAUCUGACCAGAAGAGGCUGGGGUGAAUUUCCUGUCAGAGUUCAAGUUCACUUUAAGGACAGCCAGAACAAGCGGAUAGAUAUCAUACAUAAUCUGAAGCUGGAUAGAACUUACACUGGCUUACAGACUCUUGGAGCAGAGACGGUCGUGGACGUUGAGCUGCACCGGCACUCUCUCGGAGAAGACUCUGUUUACCCUCCGUCCUCUGAGUCAGAUGUCUCUGAUGCCCCACCGUCUUUGCCUUUGACCAUUCCAGCCCCAGUGAAGGCCUCCUCACCAAUAAAGCAGUCUCAUGAACCAGCACCUGAUACCUCUGUGGAGAAAGCAGGAUUCCCAGCCAAUACUGAAACUGAGAGACACACUACAUUUUACUCUUUGCCAUCUUCAUUGGAACGAACACCCACCAAAAUGACAACAUCCCAGAAGGUUAUGUUUUGUUCUCAUGGCAAUUCAGCUUUUCAGCCAAUAGCAUCGAGCUGCAAAAUUGUGCCACCGAAUCAGGCUCCUAAUCCUGAGUCACCUGGGAAAUCCUUCCAGCCCAUCACCAUGAGCUGCAAGAUUGUUUCAGGUUCCCCUAUAUCAACACCAAGUCCAUCACCAUUGCCUCGAACCCCAACUUCCACUCCAGUCCAUGUGAAGCAAGGCACCGCCAGCUCUGUUAUCAGCAAUCCUUACGUUAUCAUGGACAAGCCAGGGCAGGUGCUUGGAGCCGCCACCCCCACUACAGGAAGUCCUACAAACAAGCUCUCCACUGCCUCUCAGGCCUCCCAGGAAACAGGUUCCCCUAUUCCUAAAAUUCAUGGAAGUAGUUUCGUAACCUCUACUGUUAAGCAGGAAGACUCUUUGUUUGCAUCUAUGCCACCUCUUUGCCCAAUUGGGAGUCACCCUAAGGUUCAAAGCCCCAAACCUAUAACUGGAGGACUUGGAGCCUUUACCAAAGUAAUCAUCAAACAGGAACCUGGUGAAGCCUCUCACGUGCCCACAACAGGAGCUGCCAGCCAGUCACCACUCCCUCAGUAUGUGACUGUGAAAGGGGGUCACAUGAUAGCUGUGUCCCCUCAAAAACAGGUCAUAACUGCUGGAGAAGGGACUGCCCAGUCACCAAAGAUGCAGCCCUCCAAGGUCGUUGGGGUGCCAGUUGGGUCUGCUUUACCUUCAACAGUGAAACAGGCUGUGGCCAUCAGUGGCAGCCAGAUCCUUGUAGCCAAGGCCAGCUCUUCCGUCGCCAAAGCAGUUGGUCCAAAGCAAGUUGUGACCCAAGGAGUUGCCAAAGCAAUUGUGAGUGGAGGUGGAGGAACCAUUGUCGCUCAGCCAGUGCAAACCUUGACCAAGGCUCAGGUCACUGCUGCUGGCCCUCAGAAGAGUGGACCCCAGGGUUCAGUGAUGGCAACAUUGCAGCUACCAGCCACUAAUUUGGCCAACUUGGCAAAUUUGCCACCUGGCACAAAACUCUACCUCACAACAAACAGCAAGAAUCCUUCAGGAAAAGGAAAACUGUUGCUGAUCCCUCAAGGAGCCAUCCUGCGAGCCACCAAUAAUGCGAACCUACAGUCUGGCUCAGCUGCCAGUGGAGGUGGUGCUGGUGCAGGAGGAGCAGGUGGUGGCAGUGGAGGUGGCAGCAGCGCAGGAGGAGGGGCAGCAGGAGGGACCCAAAGCCCCGCCGGGCCUGGAGGGAUAGCUCAGCACUUGACGUACACGUCUUACAUCCUCAAGCAAACACCUCAGGGUACAUUUUUAGUUGGCCAGCCAUCACCCCAGACAUCUGGAAAACAGCUGACCACUGGGUCAGUGGUCCAAGGAACACUGGGAGUCAGCACAUCUUCUGCACAAGGUCAACAAACAUUAAAAGUCAUCUCUGGACAGAAAACCACUUUGUUUACCCAGGCAGCCCCUGGAGGACAGGCAUCUCUAAUGAAAAUAUCUGAUGGCACACUGAAGUCUGUGCCAGCCACCUCGCAACUCUCAAAGCCGGGAACCACAAUGCUGAGAGUCGCAGGAGGGGUUAUCACAGCUGCCACUUCUCCAGCUGUGGCCCUCUCAGCAAAUGGUCCUGCACAGCCGUCCGAAGGAACAGCUCCCAGCUCAUCAUCAACUAUAGGUUCCAUAAUGAAAACUUCUGCGCAGCAGCCGGUGUGUGUGAGCCAGGCCACCAUGGGGACCUGCAAGGCUGCUGCUCCCUCUGUCAUCGGUGCCACGUCCCUCGUGUCCACACCAAACCCCAUCUCCGGAAAGGCUACAGUAUCAGGAUUGUUAAAGAUUCACUCCAGUCAGUCCAGUCCCCAGCAGGCUGUCCUGACGAUCCCCAGCCAGCUCAAGCCACUCAGUGUAAAUGCAUCUGGAGGUGUGCAGACUAUACUGAUGCCUGUGAAUAAGGUGGUUCAGUCAUUUUCUGCCAGCAAAUCACCUACCGUUCUGCCUGUAGCUGCCCCAGCUCCAGUUGUCUCCAGCUCUGCACCAGCACCUGUCACCAAAGUGAAGACCGAACCAGAAACUCCUGGACCAAGCUGCCUCUCUCAGGAGGGUCAGACAGCAGUGAAAACAGAAGAAAGUUCUGAGCUGGGAAACUAUGUUAUUAAGAUAGACCAUUUGGAGACUAUCCAGCAGCUCCUAACGGCAGUGGUGAAGAAGAUCCCGCUGAUCACCGCAAAGAGUGAGGAUGCCAGCUGUUUCUCUGCGAAGUCUCUGGAGCAGUACUACGGCUGGAACAUCGGAAAGCGGAGGGCUGCCGAGUGGCAAAGAGCAAUGACAAUGAGAAAAGUCUUACAAGAAAUACUGGAGAAGAACCCAAGAUUUCACCACCUGGCACCCCUUAAGACCAAGCACAUUGCUCACUGGUGUCGCUGCCACGGCUACACCCCACCUGACCCCGAGAGCCUGAGGAGUGACGGGGACUCGAUCGAGGACGUGCUGACCCAGAUUGACAGUGAGCCGGAGUGCCUGUCGUCGUUGUCCUCCGCCGACAGCCUGUGCCGGAAGCUGGAGGACCUCCAGCAGUUCCAGAAGAAGGAGCCGGAGAACGAAGAGGAGGUGGAUGUCCUCAACCUGUCAGAGCCGGCACAGACAAACGUCAAAAAAGAACAGGAGGAGAAGCAGGAAGAAAUGAAAUUGUACCUGCCACCAACACCAGGGUCGGAAUUCAUUGGUGACAUCACCCAGAAGAUCGGGAUCACCCUGCAGCCCGUGGCGCUUCACAAGAACGUGUACGCAUCGGUGGUGGAGGACAUGAUUUUAAAGGCCACGGAGCAGCUGGUGAGCGACAUCCUGAGACAAGCGCUGGCAGUCGGGUACCAGGCAGCGCCCCACAACAGGAUUCCCAAAGAAAUUACAGUGAGUAAUAUUCAUCAGGCCAUCUGCAACAUUCCUUUCCUGGACUUCCUCACAAACAAACACAUGGGGAUCCUGAAUGAAGACCAGUGAGUGGCAGGAAGGUGCCCCUGCAGGAGCGGGAUCUGGAGCUGCAUCCGAAGCGUCAGACCUCAAUGACUCUCAUGUUUGGAGCCAGGGGUGGUUUUCCGUGCCUCGGAGCAUCCCGGCCACCAGCCCCCUGCCUCCACCUGACUCGCUGUGUCACCAGAGUGCUCAGUCCUGGGCUGGGUGCCUUCAGGACAGUCCCCUGACUCCAUAGUGAAGCCCGGGGCGCAUGCUCUGUCAGCUGGCGUUCCUUCACUCCGUGCAGCUCCGCGAGCGGCUCCCUGAGCUGGGCGGGGCCCUGUGUCUUGGGCUCUUCUCCCCUUGGGGUGUCCUCAUGGGGGCACCUUGGGCCCAGGUUUCCCUCCAGGAGUCAGAACAUGAAUCUGGCAGGCUAGAGACCUCACCCAUGCUGUGGGGUGGGGUUCCAAGCAGCCCCCCAGUCACCCUGGUUACCUCUGGAGAAGGACUAGGCUUCAGCCUGGGGCGGUGGCCGCAGCGUGGGGGUCUGCGCUCAGUCCACGUGCAUCAGACUUUGUGCAGAAGACACAAAGGCCUGGGAAGUUGCAGACAGAGCAGAACUCUGCUUUUGCAGAGCACAGGAGCACUGCUCCAACCAGUCUGAGAGACGAGGGGUAGACAAGCCCAGGUCAGGGGAUGGGCCAAUCCCAGCCCUGGCCUGGAAACAUUCGACUACAAGCAGGAGCUUACUGUGUUCGCAGUAGACAAUACCCGCAGACCCCGGGCUCUCGGCAGGCUGGUGCGCGCUCUGCCUGUGCCCGGCAGAGAGCUGGUCCUCGCCGUGUGCGUGGUCAGCAGCAGCUUCUGCUGCCCGUCCGUGCUGGGCGAUGGGGGACCAGCUCCUGCGACAGGCCCGCUGGGGUCGUCCUUGAGUUCAUGUCCUGUUCCUCUCAAGUUUUUCGCAAGAAGGAAGGGGCUUCCAAGAAAACAGUUGUGAGUGCCUUAAGGGUAGAGAAAUGCCUGCUGAAGCCCAAAGACAGGGGAGUCUGCUCAGAGGCCGUGAGAAAAGAUUGUGUGUGGAGAGGAGGAGGAAGGUGUUUUAGCCGUCUACCUGGAUGAUGUCUGGUUCCGUUUAAAGAGACUUUGGCCCGGGGUUCCUCACAGUCUGCAUGGAAGGAAAGGGAUUAAUUUAUUCUGUCGGGAAGCUGCUUGGAGACCUUUUGAAGCCGGUGAGCAGAGUUAAAGAAACUCACCCAGGUGACAGUUCGUUGUCACCGGUCCUGCAGAUGUUUGUCAGGGAAAGGAGGUGGGGGUGACAGGGGGAGAGAGCACCCGCUCUGUUCAGCACCUGAGCACUUCAGGUGCGGGAGGGAGUCUGUUGGGUAAGGCACGGGCGUGCCCUGGCUUGGUGACAGAGCGGCAGUGCAGCCUCAGCUGGGCUGUGGGGGGCGCCCCAGGUGAGGGGGCGAGGGCCACGGGCAGGUGCACAGGUGCAGGCGGCGGUGGGCAGUGGCAGUUCUGCGGGGCAGAGGGUUUCAUCCGGAUGGAACAGGUGUCCUAAGGGGUGGAGGCCUAAAGAAAUUAUCUUUUUGCAAAAGAAAUAUUAAAUGAAUUAAUCUCCAUUUGUGUUAAUGUUUCAACUGUAUUUGUAUCAUAAUGUGUAACAUAAUUGUGUAACAAAAAUACCUACAAUAAAUCUUUUAGUAUUUGUGA